AUGGAGCCCUCGUCUCGUAACUCCCACGCGGACGACGCGGCGGUGGGCGAGGGCGAUGCGGCUGCGUGCAGCAUUGUGGCAAAGCAGUGGGACGCGGUGGCGGUGUGGUCGUGGAACGUGCAGGUUGAAACGUGUGCUAUUUGCAAGAGCGCAAUUGCUGACAUGUGCAUCGAGUGCCGCGGAGGUGGCCGACACCGCAACGACAGCAGCAGCAGCAGCAGCAACCCCAACAGCAGUCAUGCCAGAAGCAACAUCGCCACCACCACAACUAGUAGCAAUACCAAUAACAGCAUUGACAAUAACAUGCGCAGUGACAUCAGAGGCGGAAGGGCAGCGCGGCCCCUCAGCGGGCAGUCGCAGCCUGCGUCGAGGAUUACAAUGGUCGCUUCGACAUGGGACGAUGAUGUUACAGGCGAGUGCCUCAUUGUGUGGGGUGUCUGCAAUCACGUGUUCCAUCACCACUGCAUCUCGCGCUGGGCGCGGCAGCGCUCAUUGUGUCCAAUAUGUGGGCGGGAGUGGGAGGUGGUCAAGACAGCUAGAAACGAUUCCUGA